UUCGAUCUCGACACUCGGGUGUGUUUCUCAGAGUUUUCUCUUCAGUUGUGAAGAGCUCGGGGUAAAGAUGUUGUGCUUGAUCUAAGGAGCGUUUUGGUGAAAGUGAAAGCUAAAUAUCUAGAUCGGAACUGUGUUCGCGUAGCUUCAUUUUUGCUUUCGUUUAUCUAAGAAAGGAUGUUUCGGACACACUCUUUCAUCACUAGAUGACGGGUGUGUGUUUCUACAGUACUGGUCCAGCACAUGGAGGAUCUGUUCACACGGAUGAAAUGAAGACCAGAGUAGAUACAGAUGUGCCAAAGCAAAGAUGUCUCCUCCUGGACUCUGAAGAGAAUAAACUGAAGAGAUCUCGGACACUUCUUAGUCAAAGCAGUGUUGGCUUCUGUGGGACUCAGUUGUCCAGCAUAGAGUCGUCUGUUCGGCCGUCCUUAGCUUCAGUAAAUCAGAUGGAAGAGGACAUUAAAAAGAUGGAGAUCAAGGAUCCAGCUGACAGAUCAUCAGUCUCUCACACACAGAAGGACAGACAAAGACAAACUAACCAAGAUUCUUGUCCGUACAGGGGUCUGCUGAAUCUGGGAGCCACCUGCUAUCUGAACUCAACCCUCCAGGUGCUGUUCAUGACCCGAGCGUUCAGAGAGAGCGUGCUGCGCCGAUCUCCUGGGGACACAAGUGAGAAGUUCGAGACAGUAUUAAAGGAACUGUUUGAAGAGCUCAGUGAUCAGGACGAGGGUGCUCCGAGCGUCUCAACGAAACCAGUAAUCAAUGCUCUCGGUGUACAGACACUCUAUGAGCAGCAGGACGCUGUGGAAUACUUCCUAGAUAUCCUCGAGAAAGUAGGCCCUGAUUUGGCCGAGGUCUUCAGUGGAACUAUGAGGAACAAGAGGAGAUGUUCAGAAGAUCACGAGUCUCAUGAUGACAGCUCGUUCAAGUCUCUACAGAUCGCUCUGAACGUCACAGACACAGGAGCGUACAGGAUAGAAGACGGGGUUCGAUCAUAUUUUGAAUCUACAACAUUAGUUGGAGACGACCAGAUGUACUGUGAAACCUGCGACGAGAAACGAGACACAACAUGGGGUUGUGAGAUACACAAGUAUCCAGCAAUACUGUCUCUGCACCUGAAAAGGUUUGAGUAUGACUGCUGGUCGUGUGGGUUUGAGAAGAACGAUUGCCCCAUGGAUGUACCGCUUCAUUUAUCUCUCGGGGAGCACAGAUAUGCUCUGUAUGCCGUGAUCAAUCACAGGGGCAGUCGUUCUGGAGGUCACUACACCGCUGACAUCCGCUCGUUCACUGAGAACAGGUGGUACUGUUUUGAUGACAGUCAUGUCACAGAGAUUGAUGAGCGCAAACUGGAAAGGUCUAGGGAAGCUUACUUGCUCUUGUACCAGAAACUUGCAGUUUCCAAAGACAUGGUUUUCUCCUCAGUCGACAGUCCUCCAGUUUCUAAGACGAAAGUAACCCAGAAUUCUCCCAGAACUGAAGAACCAUCUUCGUCAGUUGCACGGGUGGAGGACGAAGAAGAACCCAAAACUAAAUCUGCUGAAGCAGGAGAACCGGUGGAAACGGGCAGAGCUGGGCAGUGUGGUGCAGCUCAUAAUAAACCACAUCUGGAAGAGUCUGCUGUGACGGGGCAUCUGAGACAGAGACUUUGUGAUGAUCCCAAGAAACCACAUAAAAGAAAGCACGACAAAACUGAGAGCAUGCAUAAAAAGGAGAAAGCCAGUAAAAGAAAUGUCAAGUCUAAUCAUGAAGAGACAGAGACGAGAGAGAUCGACAUCAGAAGCAGAAAGAUGUAACAUAUCAUGAAGAAAAGAGACAAAACUGUGUGUGAUAAACUGUAAAAGUUUUAAUUAAUGUGCAUUCAGUUUAAAAUGUGAAUCAUAGUUUAUGUACAUGUGUACAGGAAGUGCUGAUCUGUUAAAUAUUAUAUAAUGUCUGUACUCGGACAUCGAAAUCCCAAGGGUUUCUCUCCAUUUUCUAUCACCGAAGUUGACUGAUUGCACGGACACUAUUGGACGAGAGCUGAACUGGAGGAUGACAUCACUGAAUCAUUCGUCAUCAGUUCGUUCACCAGUUUCUGCUCUGAUUUAUAAUUCUCCAUGUAUCUUACGAAAGCGUAUUGUAUUCGUCAAACAAGCAACUAUCACCAGUCAACUACUUCUGAUGGUGUGAUGCAGAUUUACAGCUGUUCACAGAAAAUAAAACUGGUAUCUCACUGAUAUAUAUAUA